AUGUCUGGCAUUACUAUCGAGAAAGUCAAUGAAACAACUACUAUUUUUAAAAUUACUAAUGGUUCGCUAAACGUAACUGUUAAACAGGGCAACUUGGAAGCAGAACUAUGCGACGCUAUUGUGAAUCCAACAAAUGAAAAGAUGGAUCCAGAUGGAGGAUUAGAUAGCUUAAUACAUGAUGUUAUGGGUAAAUUUUUCGCUGAUCAAGUAGCAGCAGUCAGCGAGGAGAUGGAGGGGAACGCAUGCCCUGUUGGACAAUCGCGUAUAUUUGUUGCAAGAACACGUACUAAUCCGAAAGUAGCUCGUUUUGUCAUAAACACUGUUGGUCCAGCUUAUACACCAGAAAAUGCAGAACAAGCCGCUUUUUAUUUACAAUCAUGUUAUUCGACAUCGUUCGCAUUAGCUAAUGCGUAUGCAUUAACAUCAAUUGCCUAUCCGGCAAUAUCAUGUGGUGCGUUUCAUUAUCCUCCAGCCGAAGCAGCGCAAGUUGGUAUUGAAUCAAUCAGACAGUAUGCAUUUAAUGUUAAGGAUGUUCGCUUCAUUUUAUAUGAACCUAAAAAUUAUCAGAUAUUCGUUAAAGAAUGGACUGAAUAUGCACAAAAAGUUAAUGAAACAUCUGCUGUUUCAGCAAAUGCAAGAGGUCGACUCCGAAUGACACCAAAACCAUCCUCAGAAUCACUCAAUUCAGUCCGUUGCUCUCUAUGUAAUGAAAAAAAAGCACUAGCUACUGGAAAAAUACUAUGUGUUGAUUGUUCACAAUUAGCACGUUCAACUUUAUUUGAUAACUUCUUACAACGACUACGUACUGCUUCAGAAGUUUCAUUUCAAGAAAUUCAGAAAGUAUGUAGAGUACUACAGCCAAUAUUCAACUACUAUCCGAUUGCAUAUACGCCCGCAAGAAAAUAUGAUCAUAGUAUUCAUAAACGUGAUGCUGUUGCUGAACACUAUGUACAGAGCUAUUGCGAUCAUCAAUUUCGUACAACAAUGCCGAUGGCAGUUGUUGGUGAUGGAAAUUGCUUUUAUAAUACAUUUGUUAAAUUAGGUGGAGCCGGCACAACAAUCGAAACGUCGGCGAUGACACCUGUUGAACUUCGUGCUCGCAAUGUAGUUGAACUUGCCCUUCGUAUGAAUGAAUACAAAAGUAAUUAUCAAUCAUUGGCAUCGAUUUUUGAUGAUUGUGAAAAGUAUGUUCAAUAUGAAAUGGUUCUCGAUACAAAUUAUGCAGCUAUUUGGGAUCUCUUAAGUAUACCGACUGUACUUAAUAUUAAUGUUAUAAGUGUUUAUCCGAGAGUCAAUGGACCUGAUGAUACAUAUUACCAACUGCUAAAUAAUAAAAAAUUUAAACCAUUAAUAAGUUCUGGAACGAUAGGCGAAGACAGAGAAGUCAAACUUCUAUUUUCACAUUGUAACAAACCGAUUAAUUUUGGAGUAAAAAAAGAAAAUUGGACACCGAAUCAUUUUGUACCAUUACUCAGUUUACGAUGA